UACAAGCGUUUCUGAUUCCAAAGCAUUGACAUUGGAUGCAUGUAUAUAUUAUACCAUCUUUAGAGGAUAAUGAAGGCAUUCCUGUAGUGCACUGAUGGAAUGUCCAGGCUUCCCAAUGGAUAGACGGGCUGUGUUGUGGCUGCUGGCAGCUUUCCUCCAGGUGGUCAGUCUCUCGUUUGCUGAGGGGUUCAGGUCUGAGGUUGCUGUUGUGGAGGUUGUGUUUGGCCAGUUCCCCUACGGUCAGGAUCCAGACAGCUACAUCAUCUCCUACAGGACUGCACGCAAUUUCACGGUGUGGCUAGAUCCUAUUGGCCGCUCUGAGUGUUCUACAGACUGCAGACUGCUGCUGUGGUUGGCUGAGGAGCCAGGUGGAAUUGACAUGACACUGAGUGCCAUUCUAAAAAACAUCACGCUGGAGGCCAAGACCUUUCACAUCGCUUCUAUCCACAACUCUUCUCUCAGUGUGGAGGUGACAACCAGCAGCAUGCUCUUGACCGUCAACCUCCUGAAUGGACAGACGCUCACUGCCCUCAGUCUACACAACACACUCACCAAACACACGCACACUCAAUACACACAAAGUGAACAAACACACCCUUCCUCGUACACGGUCGGAGAUCUGCAGCCUGGAGCCCUCUACAGAGUCACAGCAGAGCUGACCGAAGCCCUAACACACCUCCGCAUCAGCCUCAUACAGAGAAUACACACUGCUGUGAAGACAGCCCAGUGUCCUAUUGGUUGGCUGGCAAGCAAAAGGAGUUGUUACAGUGUAAGUAGGCGGAGCCUGUCGUGGGGCAACGCCCAUCAAACCUGUAUGGGCUUGGCUUCGGGAAGCCAUCUGGUUGACAUUAAAACUGAGACAGACCUUGUCCUCUCCUCUCACCUGACCACCCAUAACUACCUCCUGCUCUGGACUGCUCUUAACGACAGACAGGAUGAAGGGCAGCCUGUGUGGUCUGAUGGCUCUCCCUACAACCUGACUAGCGUUUUGAUGUCAUCCCUGCUGCCAGCCAAUGAUUCAGACUGUUUUGCCCUACAGAAGAAUGCUACUGGAGAAGGCUACUUCCUGACUGCAUUCAUGUGUCACAUUCCUUUACCCUUUAUUUGUCACUGGGAAAUCCCACUACACCCUCCCUUGUUCACCUUUGACCUGGCAGAGGUAACAGAGAGAGAAGCAGUGCUCAUCUGGAAUGACCUCACAUUCCUAAACUCCUCCCACCCCACCCCCCAGCUCUGUGUCCAAUACCAAGAAGAGGAAAGGGAGGAGGAAGCAGAGGAGGAGAGGGGGAGGGCUGGUUGUUUCCCAGUGUCUCUACGGUCCAGGAGGCUGAAGGUGCCAGAUCUGUCCCCAGGAAAGGUUUACUCCAUUUUCCUCAGAGCCUCUCACGUCAAUGGGGCUGCCUGGAGCCUGGGAAGCACUCACAUGGCUCACACAUUGCCCCUUCCUCCCCGGAACGUCACUAUUAGCAAGGUGACGGACAGUCAUAUCUCAGUAAGCUGGAUGGCCCCAGACUCCAAGCAUGCCAUCAGGUGGAGCUUCCUUGUUCGCUGGGGGCGUGUAGCUUCCGGCCAGGAGAGGAGAAUAAACGUGUCCAGCAGCACCAGGACAACUGUGAUUACAGGACUGGAGGGGUUUAGGAAGUACAGGGUCAGUGUUGAUUCUGUCACAGACUUUGGUGUGGAGAGCUGUGGAGGGGAGGAACUGACAGUACUCACCGCGGUGAGCCCUCCAAGUGAUGUGUAUGUAUCUAGCAGAGGUAAGAAUUGGACAGUUUGCUGGUCGGCCCCAACAGGUGAACGGCCUGAUAGGUACAACGUCAGGCUAAGCCCUCUCAAGCAGGGCCGCCAUAGGGAACUGUGGGUACAUGGCUCCAGAUGUGUGGUUCUGGGCAUGUUGGAUCCAGGGCAGACCUAUGAGGUGUGCGUGGCUUCAGUGAGAGGACAGAACAAUAGCCAAGAGAUGUGCAGUACCAACACCACAGAUCCUUGGCCAGUGCAGGUAGCUGUGCCUGUUUCUGUGGGAAGCACUUGUGUGAUUCUGCAUGUCCAGAGACCUGUGCUGGGUGUGUGUGAUGGCGUGAGGGUGUGUGCGUGUAAGGGAGUGUGUGAGGGCAUAUGUGUGUGUAAGGGAGUGUGUGAGUGGUCCCCACUCCUUCCCGGUCAGAACACAGUGGUGGUCAGCAGACUGGUUCCAGGGGAGGAGUAUCACUUCAGCGUCUACAGCACCAGCCAACAGAGAGCCGGACCGCCCUACAACACACACACAGUCAGGACCCGCCUUGUGUCUCCCAGCAAUGUGAAAGCGGGAGAGGUAACAGAAUCUUCAAUAGAAGUGUUGUGGAGUCCCGCCCAUGGACAUGGACACAACUAUGAAGUAAUCUGUCUCAACUGUCAUCACACACUAAUGGUCCAGAAGGUGUCGGUUCCCAGGACAGUGUUCUCUGGGUUGAUACCAGGCAGUCUGUACCGCUUCUCUCUGAGGACAGAGAAAGAGUCUUUCACAGACAGUUCCCCUGUUACAGUCAACAUCACCACAGCUCCCAGUCCAGUGAAGGUGUCUGUUCUCAAUAAAACCACCACAUCUGUGACAGUCGGCUGGAGAAAGGUUAGGGGCGUUGCAAAAGGCUUCAUUCUUUCAAUCACGAACCAAACCUCCAGUCAGCAGCUGAAUCUCUCAGUCCAAGAGCCGUGGUCCUACAGGUUUGAGGACCUAUCUCCAGGAGGCUAUUACACAGUUGAUGUUAUCAGCAGCAAUGGAGAGAGGAGGAGUACACCUACUUCUAUACGCAUCAACACCAUCCCGGGAGCACCACAGGAAGUGUUGCAGUUGGAAGAGGAUUGGACCUCAUCUGUGUUUGUCAGCUGGGGAGCCCCAGUAGGGGGCGUGGAGGGGUACAAGCUACUGUUGUGUCAGUCAGGGGAGAAGUUGUCGUGUCGUGCAAUGUUGCUCCAGACCAACAGCGUCCAGGUUGGAGGCCUAACACCAGGAUCAGAUUAUAACAUCACCAUCCUGAGCCUGUUGGGAUCAGACUCCAGCCAGCCUGUCACUACACCGUUCUCCACACGUCCGGCUCGUGUGUGUUCCCUCUUUUUGCUCCACGUUAACUCUUCCUGUGCUGUGUUGAGGUGGGAUGCUGCCAUUGGUCAGUUUGACUUCCACAGGGUAACUGUAGAAAAUGGCUCUCACACACAAAUGCUCGAAGUUUCCAGUGAGAUGCAGGUUGCUACGGUAACAGGACUGAAGGACGGCUGUAACUACAAUAUGAGUGUGAAGCGUAUCCGACGAGGAAUGGCAGGGACCGCAGCCUCCUUGACCAUAACCACAGUGCCACGCCGUGUGCGGGGCUUGUGUGUGGUGAGUGUGUCUGCCCAGAAGUUGUCUCUUCGUUGGGAACAGUCAGAGGGGUGCGUGGAGCGGUACCUCAUCAGCCUGCUUCCCAACCAAGGAACUGUCUCUGUCUACCACACAAAUGAUGGACAUGUACAGGCAGAUGUAUCCAGUCUGAGUCCUCGAACCACGUUUACGGUCAUGGUGACCGCCGCCUCCUCGUCCAACCUCAGCCCACCGGUCAGCCGCAUAAUCACCACCAUGGAGACCGCCCCAACAUCCGCCCCAAACAAUCUAGAGGGUGAGAGAGUAGGCUCCAAUGGGAUCCUUCUGUCCUGGGUCAUGCCCCAUGACUCCCACGUCCACGGUUAUGUGAUCAGGUACAAAGAGAUGUGUCCUUAUCCAGACACCACCUUCAAAGAGGCUCCGAAACCCCUACCUGACACUGAGACCCUCCUGAACCUGUUUUUACCAGGUUCUACCUAUAACAUCCAGCCCUGUCCAGUGUUGAAAUGUGCUGUCAUGGAAACAAUGGUGGCAGCAGAAAACUCUGCUGGUGUUGGACCUUUUAGCAAGUCUCUUUACAUCAAAACCAAUGAGGCUCCCCCCGGCCUGGUGACUAACCUGACAGCGUUUGCUCAGAACCACACGUUUGUCGUGGUCACCUGGUUCUUACCGCUCCGCAUCAACGGUCUGAUCACCAAGUUUGCCGUCAAAGCCAAACACGCUCGUACCGGUCAGACCGUUCGCAUGCUGGAGGUGGAUGCUGAGGAAAUCAUGACCGGAGCACUACCACACUGUAACGAUGCAGCAGAUAUCUUGUCUCGUGGGACUCCCAGUCCGUCGGAGGUGACUGCCUCCUCUCCUCCUAUCACCCUGUCAGCUGUCCCGCCUGCUGCUACCUGGGCUGUACCAAUAUCCGUAGGGGUGGACCAGCUGCGGCCCUACACUGCAUACGUCUUUGAAGUGUCCGCUUUUACCUCCGAAGGGGAGGGACAGGUGGCCUCUACCAUGGUUCGCAUGCCUGAGUCAGCCCCAGAAGACCCUCCUCACAACCUGUCCGUAUGGAAUGUGACGUCAACCUCAUUUGCUGUCUCUUGGGACCCUCCAACCAUAAUUACUGGACGCUUCAGCUACGUCAUCUAUCUAUAUGGCCCUAUAGGGGUUCUCUAUGAGAACAGCACUGCUGACCUACACUUUAUGUACUCCGGUCUGACUCCAUACACAACCUACAGAGUGGUGGUUCAGGCGAGAUCUGCUGGCCUGCUGGGUCCGGAGGCCCUUAUCACUCUACUGACCCCCGCGGAGGCUCCCAGUGCUGUGCAGGCUCUACAGGCAGUGGCAGUAAACUCAGUGUCUGUGCGUGUGACUUGGAGAAGUCCUGCCCAGCCCAAUGGUCCGAUUACACAUUACAGAAUCCUGGUUCUGUCUGACAACACACUGCUGCAGGACAUCACCCUGAUCGGAUCUCAGGAUCUAAAUCACACUGAUAGCCUUGGUGACAGAACUCCUACUCCAGGUAUCCCUGCUGAAUCACUGCGGCGUAAGAGAUCAGCUGACCUCAGCCUGACCAAUUACCCGCGUUCAUUCACAGUCACCCUCCCCGACCACUCAGUCUUCACCAGCAGAAUGGCGAUCACCUCAACCGGCCGCACGCAGAGGACCCCUGCCCUCUCCUUGACCUCCUCACCCCUGCCUACUGCAGUCCCCUGGCUCACCGCUCACUCACAGCCUGAUCAGCUCACCUCCGGCCAGCCACGCUUUUCCACACGCUCUGCAGCCUCCAGCACCCCGAGAGGAGUGGAUAUGAGGAAGGAGGUGAUAGACAUGCAGUCUGAGUGGCUGUCUUACCUGGUCUCUGGUCUCAGUCCCUUCACUGAAUACACGUUCAUCGUUACCGCAGCAACCCCAGUUGGAGAGGGACCUGCCACACAUGUUGCUGAGAAGACCAACGAGGAAGUUCCUAGCUCGGUGGUGGGCGUGUCCUAUCAGAAUGUAAGCUCCACUUCAAUCCUGGUCACUUGGUCUCCGCCCCUAAACCCCAAUGGACGAAUCACACACUACGCCGUCUACGGACUCAACUUGCACAGCAACCAGGCUUUUCAGAGACAUACGCUGGAGACAAGCAUACUGCUCACAGGGCUGGAGAAGUAUACAGGUUAUAAACUGCGAGUUGCUGCAUCUACAGUGGUUGGUGAGGGCUCUCUGUCUAAUCUGGACGAUAUCUUUGUUGUCACUCCUGAGGACGAACCGGAUUCCCCACCCAUAGGGUUAACAUUGGUGGACACCUCUCCAUCCACCAGCACCCUGUCCUGGUCGCCUCCAGAGAGAGCCAAUGGGGUGAUCCAGCAGUAUGAGGUCCUGUAUGAGAACCAGUCGUAUGUGGCGUUGUUGAACACCACUGUCCCAAGAGUGACUUUGACAGGGCUUAUGCCCUACUCCUACUACAAUGUCUCUGUCAGAGCAUACACACGCCUUGGACAUGGGAACCAGAUUUCAGAAACACUCACUAUGCUGUCUGGGGAAGAUGUCCCGGGCAGUCCUCCAUACAGCCUGUCCUACAUGUCCGUCAGUCCCAGUGAGGUGAACGUGACCUGGCAGCCCCCCCUGGUGCCCAACGGAGUCAUCACACACUACAGCCUUGAGCUGCGAAACUCCACCCACUUCCUCAACCUGACCACGCCCGUGGCCCACUCCCAGAUCACACAUCUGAGGAAGUUUGCACAGUACACUGUGGUGGUGAAGUCACACACUCGUAUGGGGCCCGGAAACCACAGCAGCGACCCACUGAACAUCACCACACUGGAGGAUGUGCCCAGUGAUCCGGUCCACAAUCUCAGUGCUCAGAUCUUCAGUUCUACGGCCAUCAUAGUGAGUUGGGACCCUCCUAUGGAACCCAACGGGCGUCCAUUCUACCUGCUCACCCUACAGGAGGCUGAGGUCCCCCUCCCUCCCAACACCCCCACCCUCCCCAGCCCUAACAACAACCCCCUGGGACCCCAAGCUGUCAACAGAACCAUUACCAAGACAACCAACGACAACGUCUUCCUGUUCACCAAACUCAGGAAGUACUAUCCCUACAUCUUCACUGUAACCCCAGCAACGAGCGCCGGCCCCGCCCACAACCAUUCCAGUCAGCUGCACGUGAGGACAGAUGAUGAUAUCCCCAGUUCAGCUCCAGUGCUGGUGUCCAGUAGGAACCUGUCAUCCUGCUCGGUGUCUCUGGCUUGGCAGCGCCCCACGGAGGCCAACGGAGAGAUAACUGAGUACUCCCUCACCCUGUUUGGCCCUGGAGGCUCAAACACCACCCACACACCCAACACCAGCCUCACAUUCACAGACCUCCUGCCCUACACAGCCUACAACCUCUCCAUCACCGCCUCCACCCGCAAGGGGUCCGGACCCCCGUUACUAGUGAUGCUGCAUACAGACGAAGCAGGGCCCAUGUCUCCUCCCCGUAACCUGUCUCUGUAUAACCACACGGCGUUCUCUGUGUGGCUGACCUGGGAACCCUCACUAGAACCCAAUGGUGUCGUCACACACUAUGGCUUCAGAAUCCUGGAGAUCAACGCAAACACGCUCUCGUACCAGAACUCUACAGGUCCCUGGACUGAAGGACUGCUGACUGGAUUCAGGCCUUACAGCUCCUAUGAGAUCAGUGUGUGUAGCUACACCAGAGUAGGACAUGGAGACCAGUACAGCACUCCUGUGUCCUUCACAACCAACGAGUCAGUGUCUGAGGUGGUGGGUAACCUUUCCUGCUCUGGUCUAAGCUGGGAUUCUGUGCUUCUACAAUGGGAGCCUCCAGCCAACCCCAACGGACUCAUCAUGUACUACCAGGUCCAGGUGGACUCCCAGUCAUACACACAGCAGGCUGACGUCCACCAGUACACUGUCAGUGGGCUGGCGCCGGACUCACAAUACACACUCACUGUGAUGGCUGUCAACUCUGCCGGCCCAGGAGACCAGGUCAACUGUACUGCCUACACACACGCUGAGUCAGUUCCUGGUGUUCCUCGUUUCCUGAGUGUGUCAGAAGCCACACCCACCAGUGUGACACUCCAUUGGGCUCCUCCCCUCUCUGUUUUGGGCAAGCUCACCGAAUAUCGCAUUACCGUGCAGCGGCUAACACUCGACUGCCAAUCGGACCCACCCCUAACUGGAACCCCACCCCUCGCUGAGACCACACCUGUCCCAGAGCCGCCCUCUCCACUGGAUCCAGGCUGUGUGGACCAGGAGGUUCUGGUUCCAGUGAAUGGCUCCGAUGGUGGAGAGAAUAACAGAAGCAUCACCCUCCAGUCUCUGGCCAAGUACCGCUUCUACCGCUUCAGAAUCGCAGCCUUUACUAAUGCUGGACCGGGAGAACACACACCGUGGAUAUACGCGCGCACACUUGUCGGAGACCCUGAUGGCCCCCCUAACAACCUGUCAGUGACCAUGUCCUCCAACAGCAUCCGUAUCCGUUGGCAACUCCCCAGUGUGAUCACAGGCCCUACUUCCUACCUGGUAGACGUCAUCUCUUUUGAAAGCGGCAGGUUCAACCAGACUGUAGUGCGAGGCCCGGAGGAGCUGAGGACUGUGGUUGUGUCCAACCUGACGGCGUUCACCCUGUACUCCGUCACCGUGACCGCCUUCACCGGGCCCCUGGAGAACGCACGGCGGGAUGGACGGCCAAGUGAGCCCAGUGUUAUCAGAACCCUGGAGGAAGAGCCCAGGGAUCCCCCGACGAAAGUGACCCUGCAACUCGUCCCAGAGAACGUGACCAGUGUGUUUGUGACCUUUCACCCCCCGGAGCAGCCCAAUGGGAACAUCAGUUCCUACACUGCGCUGGUCUACUGCCAGGGCCAGUUGAUGAUGACCAUCAACCAACUCACUGUGGUCCAGAACAAGAACCAAACCCUGACCGCAGUCAUUAACGGGCUGAAGGGUGGAAACAACUACAGCAUACGGAUUGCAGCUGUAAAUGGAGCCGGGUUGAGCCCUGCCAGCUCAGAGGUCCGGAUCACUACAGGGAUAAAAGCUCCUCCCAAGCCCUCUUUAAAACCCAAGGCACUGCUGGACCGAGUAGGAGCUGCAGUCGUAACGUCCAGAAGCAUCACUGUCCACAUGCCAGCCUGUUUUUAUAGUGAUGACAACGGACCAAUCAGAAGCAUCCAGGUCAUUGUGUCCGAAUCUGGGGUGAUGGACAGCAGGAACCUGACCAACUGGAAGACAGCCUUCCUCUCUCGUCCUGCUCCCUACCUCACUGACAGCGGGUUCAGAAACCCGCCCUGUGUAAAGCACCGCCGGACCAGGGACACAAACACCCGUACCCACAAACAAGAGGGUGGACACGCCGACACACACACGCAGGCACCCACGAUGAGCACCAGCGGCGUGAGGCAGCCCACAGAGUCAGGAGACAGACCCCAGGUCCAGCUGGAUGAUUACUAUGUCAUUGGAGCCAUGGACCACUGUCUGACCGCAGAGUACAGUAACACACUUUGUAACGGCCCCCUCAAACCAAACACUGCCUACGUGUUUAAGUUUCGAGCCACCAACAGCAUUGGCCAGUACACAGACUCUGACUACUCUGAACAUGUCAGAACUGCAGUGAAUGGGCUGUUGACCAGGGAUGAACAGAUCAUUCUGGGAGUGCUCAUCUCCUUCUUCCUGGCUGUGCUGCUCAUCAUCAUCAUCUACGCCUCUGUCAGGAUCCGUCAGCGGCAGAAGGAGGGCGGGACCUACUCUCCCCGGGAGGCGGAGAUUAUAGAGACCAAGUUUAAACUGGAUCAGCUGAUUGCUGUGGCUGACCUGGAGCUAAAGGAAGAGAAGCUAAACCGGUAUUCCUCCUUCUUCUUUAGACGGAAGGAGAUAUUUGUCAUCCAACUUCUCAGCUACAGAAAGUCUCUCAAACCGAUCAGUAAGAAGUCUUUCCUGCAGCAUGUUGAGGAUCUGUGUGCCAAUGAGAACACCAAGUUUCAGGAAGAGUUUGCGGAGCUGCCAAAACUGCUACAGGACCUGGCUACUUCAGAUGCUGACCUUCCCUGGAACAGAUCCAAGAACCGCUUUACUAACAUCAAACCCUACAACAACAGCCGCGUCAAGCUUCUGUCUGAACCUGGCAUGCCAGGAUCUGACUACAUCAACGCAAGCUUCAUCUCAGGCUAUCUGUGUCCCAGUGAGUUUAUCGCCACCCAGGGUCCUCUCCCCGGGACUGUGGCUGACUUCUGGAGGAUGAUCUGGGAGACUCGCACACGAACUAUCGCCAUGCUCACACAGUGCUAUGAGAAAGGAAGGAUCCGGUGUCACCAGUACUGGCCAGAAGACACCAAGCCAGUGACAGUGUUUGGGGACAUCAUCAUCACCAAGCUGACUGAGGACAUCUACCCUGACUGGACAGUCAGAGCUCUCAAAGUGGAGAGGCAUGGAGACUACAUGGUGGUCCACCACUUUAACUACACCUCGUGGCCGGAGCACGGCGUGCCUGAGUCCAGCGCCACCCUUAUUCAGUUUGUCAGAGCCGUCCGGGCUAACAGGCAUGACAACACCACCAUAGUGGUUCACUGCAGUGCCGGCGUGGGCCGGACGGGCGUGUACAUCGCGUUGGACCACCUGAUCCAGCACAUCAGUGACCACGACUUUGUGGACAUCUACGGCCUCGUGGCUGAGCUCCGCAGCGAGAGGAUGUGCAUGGUUCAGAACCUGGCCCAGUAUAUGUUCCUACACCAGAGCACUCUUGACCUGCUCAGCAGUAAAGGAAACAGCCAGUCCACCUGGUUUGUCAACUACUCUGCUCUGCAAAAGAUGGACUCACUGGACGCUAUGGAGGGUGAUGUUGAGCUGGAAUGGGAAGAAACCACAAUGUAAUGCCAGUUCUCGGUAUAUAAAGACACACCUAUCCCUGGGUCAUGUGGCCAAACCCUGGGCACAGACGCUGCUUGUCAGAUGGACUGCUCCCCCAGAGACGAGGAGAUAGAUUAGGAGAAAGGAGAGUGAAAGGAGAAAGACUGUUGUAGUCCAGAGUAAAGCCUUUUUUCCAAGGGAACAAAAGUUGGCCUUUUCUGGCAAAGGGUCAAAAUCCCCAACCAGAAACGGGGUUGGUUACAUUGGCUUGUGUCUACAUUUUAUAAGUCCACAAGUAGAAAGGUAGUUUGCACCAGUCAUCUUUCAGUGUAUUUUAUUGGAUUCUUGUAAUGAUUUUUGUACAUUAACUUAUUCUGCCAAAUGGUGUUGUGUCACUUUGUUCAUUUUUGGUCCCUGUGUUACUAUAUUAUGAGUUAUGUUUGUCAGGGUCAUUACAAGGUUUAGGCUAUAAUCGUCACUAUUUAGGGGUGUUCUUGAUGUAUUGUUUCUUGAGAGUUCCACAUCUGUGUUUUAGACAUCAAGUAAAAUAACCAACUGUACUACUCACCUGUGUGUCACUGUGUGAAUCAAAUUGACUUCAGCUGAAAGGUAUUUUAUGUAAGAAAUUGUUUUCCCCUAAACGUAACCCAUAAUCCAAAAAUUAUAUUUCACCUAGUUGGUCCAUGUCAAAAAACAUUACAGUGCACAUGCUUUCAAAUCAACCUGGAUCAAACAGACAUACCCACUCAUAUAU